AUGGCCAGCACCGACAACUUCGUUUUGACCACUGAGAGGCUCAUCGAACAUGACAAUACUGUUGCUUCAGUGCGUGGCCUCGAUAGCCAUGGACUGUCUACUCCAGAACAUUCCAAUUGUAUUCAGAAUAUCAGGGCCGAGUCUGCGGAGCAGAUCGCCGAGGUAACAAACCCAUUGCUGACCCGAUCGUCAUUUUUCGAGGUUGACAGGUUGAGGCAGCCAAGCAGCGGCUCCGAAAGCUUCAUGGGUGGAGAGUCUGAACAUGCAAGCAAGCGCUUGGAAAAGAUGCGUGGGGCCGUUAGAACACUGCUCGAAUGUGUGGGCGAGAAUCCCGAUCGAGAGGGCCUGCUUGCCACUCCGUCAAGGUAUGCGGAGGCUUUGUUGUUCCUGACACAAGGUUAUCGAGUCGACGUCGAAAGCAUUGUCAACAAAGCCCUGUUCCGCGAGGCUCACCAUGAGAUGGUCAUUGUCAAGGACAUCGAGAUCCACAGCAUGUGCGAGCACCAUCUCGUCCCUUUCAUUGGAAAGAUGCACAUUGGCUACAUUCCGAAUGGCGUCGUCAUCGGACUUUCCAAGCUACCACGUAUCGCCGAGAUGUUCUCCCGUAGGCUGCAGAUCCAAGAGCGAUUGACCAAACAAGUGGCAUAUACUGUCAACGAUAUUGUCAAGCCGCAAGGCGUCGGUGUUGUUAUGGAGUCCUGCCAUUUGUGCAUGGUCAUGCGAGGUGUUGAGAAGACUGGUACUAGUACCAUUACGAGCUGCGUCCUCGGUUGCUUCGAUGAGUUAAAGACGCGCAACGAAUUCCUGAGCCUCAUUGGCGUGGCAAGAGCUUGA